AUGGAGCAGCGAGCAGGGCCACCAGAGCCGAGACCUGCAGGACCCAGCACGCACCCGCAGCCCAAGGAGGGGAUGCUGUGGGGGCUCCUUGCCAUCCUCUCACUGCUGGCUGGGCUGGCUGCUGGCACCCUGCGAACGCCACACUGCAACGAGACGCUGGACACGGCCCCAACGCCGCGGGGCAUGGCCACCGCCAGCCCGACAGGGGAGGACGGCGUGGAGGUACCACUUGCCGCUGCCUGGAGCCAGCUGUAUGGGGACAACGCGACGACGGGCAGCCCAGGUGCCACAGAGCUGACAGAGGACCUGCUGCUGCGUGCCGAGCGCUCACCGCCGGGCACUGGGAAAGCCAAGAAGGGGGCACGGAAACCCUCCCGGGGGGCCCGCGGGCGCAACUGCCACAUCCGCAACCUGAUGGUGAAGGUGCGCGACUUAGGCCUGGGCUUCAACUCGGACGAGAUCGUGCUCUUCAAGUACUGCAGC